GCCGCCUCCCUCCGCCUCCUCCUGGUCUGUCAUCCACACCGCUGUUGUUGCAGCCAUUUUACCGUGGAGCGUCGGCACAGAGGCGACCGGAGGAUGCCGAAACAGCGCCGUUAAAAGGACUAAAAACAUGGCUGGCGCGGCGCGAGGUCCCGUGGUUGGCCAACCAUUGGUGUUUGCCAAUGAAGAGCGGAGGGCAGUUCACUCCUGGUCCCGGAUCUCGUCAGCGGGGCACAACGUUCUCCUGGAUGCUCUCAAGAUCCUCAACCCGAUGUCCCGUGACCUCUCGAGCAGCGAGGAGCUGGUCAGCUUCCUGCAGGAGCUGGGCGAGGAGGGCCACAAGCCCACGGUGCUGCGGAGCAAAGACGUGUACCGCUACCGCUCCAGCACAAGCCAACCGAUGACUCUAGACAUGCUGAAGCCACCUAACAGGAACAUCAGACCCAUAGCCAAGAGGAAGGGAAGGAAGCCUCUGGUCAAGAAGAGAGACGUGCACCCAUCCUGGAACAUCUCCGUGAAGAGCAAACCCAAGAUCCAAGGGGUCCGCCCUCCAGAGCUGCUCCAGAGUUGUGCCAUCAUCUGCAGCAGGACAUCCAGUCGGACUGUAGACAUGUCGCAGGCGCUGCAAGUGCGGCCAUGCCUCAGACUUACCAACAUUGAGGGCAGGUCUGGCUUCCACACGGCCAGACUCCAGAUCCACACUUCCUGGGACUCAUCCUCUGAGGCGCCCUCGGUUGCCUUUUCACAGCAACGGCACCCUCCAACGCUUUCAGGAAUACCUUUGCAGCCUUCUCAGAAUGGUGGUGGGACACCCACCAAAGCUGUGGCCUUGUUCAGCCAGAAGAGCCUGUCCUGUCCCAUCCGACUGGACGGCGCCCUCAUUGGAGAUUCUGCACCGGUCUUCUACGCAAAUGGACGGGCCUUCCCAGAGACUCACACAGCGCUGACCAGCAACGGCUGGAGGAGCAACGGCCUCCACCGAGAUGGUCGGGGCCACAAGGAACUGAACAGCCCGACCUUGCAGAGGAACGGCUGGAAGGACAAAAAAAGUCUUAGAUGGAAAGUGAUAAAGGUGGACGACUCUCGCUCUGUGGCUGAGGCCUGCAGAAAAGCGCAGAAGAUCCUACAGGUCAACCUGUCUCCAGUGAUACAGAUCCAACCUCUGAACCAUGUGCUGAGAGACUUCAGAUACCAGAACAAUUGACAAUUUCCCCCCAAUCCCACACACAUUGUUUCCUUUAGCAGAUGUUAGUGUUUUACAUGCAUUAGCCUGUACCUGGCUGAGCCCCAGUGUUCAUAACAGACGUCUUACAUGAGUUUUUGGGAUCUCUGCUGAGUGUUGACGGUAGAGAAGUCAGUGUGUCGAAGCUUUGGUUGCUGAUAGGGGCACUUGGGAUUGAAAGGCAUUUGAAGUUAGGUGAUGCUUUUCUCAGCAGGCUGGGAAAUGGCUAUCGGCCAGAUACUGGUACAUUUUCACUGUCUACUUUGGUUUACGUUAUACAACACUUCAACCAAUCAUCAGUCUGCAUUGAGUUGACUAACUGCUAACCGAUUUUGCUGAUGAAUUCUGGGAGGCAGCAUUCACUGUGACUGUUACGUCAAUGGGGGAUUUUCCGCGCUUUAAAAAGGCACUGGGCGUUCAGUUGUUUAAAGAGUAUUUAUAACUUCUUUUGAAGUAUAGUGCUGUUUUGUUAAAGUAUUUUUUACUUGCAGUGCUUAAAAACAGUGCUGCAGCGCCCCAUUUUCCACUGGAUAGAAAGAGAAAUGGACGCCAAGAUGAACUGGUGAAUGAGUAGGGUGGGUUUCCAAAGUCAAGCAGAUGUGGUGGUUGGUUGGUUGGUUGGUCCCAGCAAAAUAAAUUGCCCUCAAAAAAUGAGGGGAGAAAAGUGUUUAGUUUGUCUUCCUUUUUUAUAUUUUUGUUCCGUUUCCCCUGGAAAUCAGAAGGUAAAUAAACCCGCAGCCCAAACAUAGAUAGAUACCUGGAUGACUGGUCUGGACCACAGUCCUUCACAAAGUGUUCCUUUGGUUUAGUUUAUCCACACAUGGAGGCAAGACAAGUCAUUUUUUGGUAAUUUGAUGAACAUGAAUUGGUAAAAGCGGAGAGAGGACUUGGGCCUUUUUAUAAACACGAUAAUCUGGAAAAACAAAACAGAAAUCUGGGAUUCUAAAACCUGAUCUCUGAAUCCUAUAUUUCAGAGUUUAUUCUUUGAAUUAUGGUUCCUUCCAUCAGAAUUCUUCCACUUCAUGAAGUGGCCCUAGUCCACCUCCAAAAGUUAAAAAGGUUUUACACCUGAUGCCGAAACAACCACCACACUGCAAAAAAGGUGUCUAAAAACAAGAUAAAAUCACAAAAUCUGAGGGAAAUGAUCUUGACAAGAUUUCUUAAAUUAGCAUUUUGAACACUUUGAAUAAGAAAUUAACUCUUAAAACAAGAUAAAUGAUCUAACACUUCGAAAUCUCAAGUUUUUUUUAUCUUGGUAAGAACCAAAUAAUCAUCAGGUCACUCUGCUCGGGCCAGUUCAUCACUUCUGGCAGCUUUACUUUAUCUGGUUUUAAGAGCUAAUUUAUUAUUUUAAGUGUCCAACAUGCUUAUUUCUAGAUUUAAUAAUCUUGAUUUAAGAAAUCUUGUCAAGGUAAAUUAUCUGUCCAUGCAGCAAGAUCAUUUCCCUCAGAUUUACUGUUUGAUCUGGUUUUUUGACACCUUUUUUUUGCAGUGCACCUGUCUGUUUAAUGCUGCUCAAGACUGACUUUUGUCCGAAACAUUUCUGUUCUUCACAGACAACCAGCCGUCUGUUGGAUCUUUGGUGUUAGACAUUUGUUUGGUUGACUUUAAAAUGCUUGCGGUGACAUUUGUUAAGUUGAGCUGCAGACUUGAGUUUGUCUCAUAACCAGUUAAACUGCAGCAGAAAGUUAAAUCUCCCACCAGAACAGAAAGUAUUUUUGUUGACUUGAUGGCUAGAAUUUCCCAACAAAAUCUACUUUUCUAGUCCCUUGAGUCCUAAGCUGUGAUCAAACUGUUUUUGGCUCACCUUAAAACUAAAAGAAAUGCACUUUGACAGUGUGACAGUGCUUCGUUGUUGCCCAUUUCCUGAACAUGAAAGUUAUUAAUUCUGUUUCCUGCGUCAUGUAGAAAAUAUUUGGUUUGACUUUCUUUGGGGCCACACUGCUUUUUACUACAGGUGCUAACUCUGCAAUGUUGGUGCUGAAUUAAAUGACUGGCAGAAGAAUGUCAUCAUGUUUGUGUUUUUCUAGCUCAGAUUGGAGCAUUUAGAACCAGUGACUUCCUGCGUGUUGUUUUCUGAGGGACUGAUGGCAGUGCUGCCCCCUUCAGGUUGGAACGAGCAUGCCAAACCGCCUUGUGUGCUUUCUAAAGGCUUUCUACUGUGAGGAGCCACCUGAGUCCAUUUCAUGUCUUCAUCUGUGAUACACUCCUGUGAUUUCCCCUAAAAAAAAUCUGUUUGCGAUGUUUGGACAAACCACAUUCCAAGAGACAAAAGUUUGGUUUAACUUUAAGGUAAAAUCUCAACUCUUCCACCAAGUCCACAAGUCCACACAGUAGCUUUUACUGAUCUCAAGCUUAUUAAAUGUGAAUAAAACAGCCAGAAGUGGACUUGAUUUAAAUUAAAUAUAUUUAAAAAAAAAGUUUGGUAACACCUUUAUAUUAGGGAACACGUAUUCAACAUUAAUUUGUUGCUUAUUAGCAUGUAAAUAACUAACAUAUUGGCUCUUAACCCAUUCAGGCCUAAAACGUCUGUAAAACUGCCUGUAAAACCUCUGAUAGGUGAUUUUAAAAUCAGCCCCUAAAACCUGAAGUUUUCUGUAAAUCCAACAGAAGUGUCAACUCUUCUACUAAAUAAUAGAUUUUUCUGUUUUCCGUCUUCCACCAUGAUUUAUAAGUUCUGGAUAAGUCCCAUGAUGCAUUGCGACACUCCCACAUGCGUUCUCAUUUUGUGUCUUUUUUUUAGUCUUUUUGUGUCUUUUUUUGGUGAUGAUUUCAAAGUUCUGGAAAAAGUCCCAUGAUGCAUUGCGACACUCCCACAUGUAUUCUGAUGCAUUUCAUUGGCCAAGAGACCGAAAAUAGGUGGAAAAAACUACAAAUACUACAAAACCACGUAUCCUCUUUCUGCUUUAAUGGUAGAAUAACACAACAGGUUUUAAUGGUAGAAAUGCCAUAAUGCUUUCCUGCCUUAAAUGGGUUAAUUAGUCAUUAAGUAGUUAUUAACCCUUUGAUGCACAACAUGGUCAAAAUGACCCUCAUUCAUUCCCUUCAUGUUAUUUAAUGCUGCUGUGUGUUUCUGUCCUCUAUCUUUUGAUAUCAACUUAUAUUAUGAAUUAAUUUUCCAAGUAUUCUUUAAAUAUCUUGUUUUUGAUAACAACUGAUCAUUAUUUACAUUUUGCUUCUCAUACUUUAUGAAGAAAAAAAGUUUUUGUAUUAUUACAUAGCUUACUACGUGGCUAAGUAGCUUGCUAAGCUAACUACUUAGCCAAGAAGUUAGCUAUGUGGUUAGCUUUGCAAGCUACUUAGCUAACUACUUAGCCAAGAAGUUAGCUAAGUAGUUAGCUUAGCAAGCUAAUUAGCUAAAAAAUGGAUAUGGGUCAUUUUUGACCCAUGUUGUGCAUUAGAAGAGUAGUGACACAAAAAGGGACUUUAUUAAAAAAUAAUAAAAGAAAACAUAAAAUUAGGAUGUAUGAUGAUCAAAAACAAACUAAUUGAGGAAAACCUGGAAUACUGAAUGAUGAAAAUAAUUUAUUGCAAAGAUAUAGAACAUAAAAACUGUCGGGUAACUUUAGAUGUAUCUAAUGUAUCUUCCAUGUUGUGCAUCAAAGGGUUAAUGCCUUAUUCUGCAUGGCUUUAUUAUACAACCAGUAAGACAUUAACUAAGAGUUUUCCCUCAAUAACCUCAGAAUUAUUGAUUAUUAGUAAUUGUAUAAUAAGGCCAUGCAGAAUAAGGCAUCAAUAACUACUUAAUAAUGACUCAUUAAGAGCCAAUAUGUUACUAAUUUGCAUACUAAUAAACGACUAUUAAUGUUGAAUAUGUGUUCCCUGAUAUAAAGUGUUACCAAAAGUUCUGUCAAACUACAUUUUGAUUCUCUUCUAAGUUUAUUAUAUUUAUUUAUUUUCAAAGUGUCAAAAACGAUCGACUACUUCUGCCACCAGAUUGUAGAAACCAUGACAACACGGAACCAAACCACCAUCAUGUCAUGUAAAGAAAAGGAAAGAAGGAGGACUUUAUUGUUUCAAUGAAAAUAAAACCUUGGUUUCCAAACGUCUGUUUCCUGAUAAACGCUGUGGACCAUGUUUACAGGCCUCCCGUUAGAAAGAACAAACUCAUCAGAACUAAAGUGAAAAUCUACUUUCUGGUUUGAAAUUCACAAAUUACCAAACUAUUCUGUUUAAUCUGACACCACGAGUGUCUGGUGGUUGGUUUUAGGAUGUCCACGUCUCUGUUCUGGUGAAUCUUGUGUCCCCCGACCCCUGACCUCUGACCUCUGACCCCUCUCCGACCUGUCUGUACGCCGUUAUGUUCAUGCCCACCGACAAUUCCCUUUUCUAGAUCUUUCUGUUAGUCUUGUUUGUGGAAAAACUUGUAUUAUAAUGUAUUUCAUACAUCUUUGAGAACUCUUUUUUUUUUUUUUUUGUUCAAUAAAACUGAUCUAAAAUUUA